GCCCAAUAAAGAAAAAUGAUAUAUUUGGAAUACAUAAAAAUAACAGUUAUGAAUGGGAAGUUCUUCUUGGAGAAGUUUCUAAUGGACCAUUUAUUAAUACAACACAAACUCAAUUACAUAUAUCUGAUGACCACAAUAAACUUGGAAAAUGUGCAAAAGAUGCACUAGAUGAUGCUCUAAAUUAUUUCAUUAAUUUAAAUUGCUCAGCCAAGACUCAGAAUUUAAAAACUUUUAAAGAGAUUAAUACAUUUUUAAUUUAUGCCCAUGAAAUAAAAACACUUUCAAUUACCUUUAAACUUCAUGGUUAUCUUAAAGAUAUUCCUAAAUCUAUUAAAUGUUAUGAUAUUACACAUACUGAAAUACUUUUGGAAGAGAAUUUGGUAGUUUAUUCUG